GGAAGGGAGGGGGAUAGUAUCAGUCAGGACGCCUUAGUCUCUCCACGCCGCGCUCCAUGGAUGACCACUGCCGCUCUGCCUAAGAAGCUUCAGCCCUAUACAGCCGGCAGUGUUUUUUAAAUUGACUUCACUUUUUCUGUUUUUUUUCUUCUUUAUUUUCUCUCUUGUCUCCCUGGCAUCCAGAGACGCUUGCUGUCCUCUCUACCAGCCAGUGUGGCACCGGAGCACAAGUUUACUGCCUCGUUUUCAAGAAAAUUUGUAUUUUUUUUUAAUCUUGCGUCUCCUCCUCUGCGUCUCUGUUUUGUAUCCUGCCUUUUCCCGCCCAGACCAUGCCGGCGGUUGGGGUGGCCUCUAAGCUUAGACAGUCAGAGGUGGGCUCCAAGCCCAUUCAAACGGCGCACCCCAUGCCCAGCCUGGACCGUGCCCCCAUGGCGACAAGGGGCUACCUGCCCAGAGCCUCGGAUUCGGGGGGUGGCGAUCCGGUCACUUUCUCCUGUCAGCUGUCAAUCGCGUCCGCUUACGGGUAUCGCCAGCGGAAGGCUGUCUCGGACUGCAGCAAGGAGUUGCAGGACCGCAAGAUUUACACGGAUUGGGCCAAUCACUACCUGGCAAAGUCCGGCUGCCCGCGGCUUAUCAAGGACCUGACGCAGGACAUUGCUGACGGGGUUCUGCUGGCAGAGAUCAUCCAGAUCAUAGCUAAUGAGAAGGUGGAAGACAUCAAUGGCUGUCCCAGGAAUCAGUCUCAGAUGAUCGAGAAUGUGGACGCCUGCCUCAGUUUCCUCGAAGCCAGAGGUGUGAACAUACAGGGGCUCUCUGCCGAAGAGAUCGGAAAUGGGAAUCUGAAGACCAUCCUGGGCCUGUUCUUCAGCCUCUCGCGGUACAAGCAGCGGCAGCAGCAGCAGCAGCAGUACUACCAGGCGCUGAUGGAGCUGCAGCAGCCGGUGACGCAUCACGCCACGGACGCAGUGCCAGCAGGCCACCACAAGGCGGCGGACAUGCAGUCCAGUCUCGCCACCCGAUAUGCAGCACCGGCGAGUCACACGGGGGUAGCAAGCGGCCAGAAGAAGAAUACAAGACUGCCGGGGCCCUCCAAGGCUUCCGCUGCGGGCAGCGGGGUCAGCAAAGCCCAGGGAGCGUCGAACCUCAACCGGCGGAGCCAGAGCUUCACCAGCAUAGACAAGGGCAAGCCCCUCCAGUAUGCAAGCGGCAACGACAGAGCAGAAGCAGCGACGGGCAUUCCUCAGCCUGGCAGCAUGAACGGAAGUGCCCCCCCGCCGGCCCCCACCCCCACCCCCACUGGCGUCAACGGGCAGCAGCUGGUCUCUGCCAUCCCCUCCCCCACCGCCAGCAAGCCCUGGCGUAGCAAGUCCAUGAACAUGAAGCACAGCGCCACUUCCUCCAUGCUGGCUGUCAAGACACCCAGCCCGGCCACCUCUCCCACGCCCCCCUCUGGCCCCGGCCCGGGCCCUGGCCCCGGGUCCGGCCUGUCCCCCGACCGCUUGAGGCCCCCGCUGACUGAGGCGCCCAAGUCGGCCGGCGGGGGCCAGAGGUCCAUGAUGGACAGGUUCAGGGUGCUCCACGGGCGUCCGUCCUCCAGGCCCGUGGCAGAGCUGCCUCUGCAGGAGGAAGAGACACUGUCAGAGCUGGGGGAGGACGUGCCAGCCGGGCCGGACUCCGUCUGCAGCAGCCCCCGCUUGUCGGCCAAGUCCUCCAACUCCGGAAACGGCAAGAGUUCCUCCAAGGCCCCUGGAGGAAAGUCACCACUGCUGGCCAAGGAGAAGGAGGACAAAGGGAAGGUUAAGUGCAAGGCUGGAGGCCUCCCCAAGGAGGAGAAGGAGCAGCCGGCUGAGCCUGGCAAGAAGAACUCCAAGAUCGGCAGCCUUAUUCCCAAGGGGGGCAAGUCCUCAGCAGUCAAGAAGGAGGGCAGCAUGCCGGCCUCUAGUGGCAUCCCCAAGCCGGGUCAGAAGGCGGCAUCUCCGGGGGGCAAGGCAGCAGGGGGCCCUUCUGGCCUGAGCCCAGGGGCCCGGGAGCCAGAGAGACCCAAACUGACCAAGGGCAGCCAGACCUUCUACGCUCAGCGCUCGCUGGAGGGCCGUCGCGCCAGCAUGGUGUCGUCCAGCAGCACGUCGGCGCUGUCCGGAGCCAUGGUGACGCCUGGGGGCACGCAGGCAGCGAAUGGCGCGGUGCAGCUCCCCCAGCAGCAGCACAGCCACCCCAACACCGCCACCGUCGCCCCCUUCAUGUAUAGGACCUGCUCGGAGAACGACUGCACCUCCGUGGUGCCCCCAGACGCCUGCCUCAGCCCAACCAAGGGAGACCUGGUCUACAGUAAGACAGCCAAACAGUGCCUGGAGGAGAUCUCGGGGGAGGAUCCCGAGACGAGGAGGAUGCGGACGGUGAAGAAUAUUGCAGACCUGCGACAGAACCUGGAGGAGACCAUGUCGAGCCUCCGGGGGGCGCAGCUGAGCCACAGCACCUUGGAGACGACCUUCGACAGCACGGUGACCACGGAGGUGAAUGGGCGUGGCCUCGCUGGCCUGGCCAGCCGUUCCUCACCCAUGUCGUGGCGGCUGGGCCAAUCGCCCAGCCCCCGUCUGCAGGCCGGCGAUGCCCCCUCCAUGCCCAGCGGUUACCCGGCGCCCCGCCCUGCCCCCUCAGCCCGCUUCACGCCCUCAGAUUCCUCCCGGUUCAUGUAUGCCCCGCCCCUCCGGCGGGCGACGGGCCCGCGAGCGGCAGAGCUGGGGGAGAAGGGGGGCCCAGAGGGUGGCACCGAGGUGGAGGUGGCUGGAUACAUGAGUGACGGGGACAUCCUGGGGAAGAAUGUGCGUCUGGACGAGGUCACCAGCGGGUACCUGACGGACGGGGGCCUCAAUCUUUACUCCCGGAAUGUGGUCCGUGGGGCAGACCCGACCCGUGACACCAUCCAGAGGGGUGUCGGCGAGGUGCAGGUGGAUCCUGAUAGUUGGGAUGACAGCAGCUCCAUCAGCAGCGGCCUAAGCGACACACUGGAUAACAUCAGCACGGACGACCUGAACACCUCCUCCUACACGGACAUCUCGGCCUCCCCCCGCAAGAGCGCCUCUCAGGUCAAAACAGACUCGCAUAAGCGUGCAGGCACUGUGGUGACAGCUCCGGGCCAUGAUAGUGCCCCCUGGCCAGCAGGGGAGGAUCUGAAGAAGUUGGACGAGGAACUGUGCAGUGCCAUGGACUCCAGAUGGAAGCCUUCCUCCAGCUCUGGAGCAUCUCCCGGGCACGGCGAGGAUCCGGACCGGACCGGGCAGAAAACCGGCCUGCCGCUGUCCCAGACGGGCUCCUGGAGGCGGGGCAUGACCGCUCAGCUAGGUGUCACAUCCUCUCGGACCAAAACCUCUACAGGAGCACUAAAAACCCCCGGAAAGACGGAUGAUGCCAAAGCCUCAGAGAAGGGCAAGGCUCCAGCCAAGGGCACAGGGAUCCAGCGCUCGCCCUCUGAUGCCGGGAAGAGCAGCGGGGACGAAGGAAAGAAGCCUCCGUCAGGCGUGGCCCGUCCCCCCACCACCGGCUCCUUCGGUUUCAAGAAGGUGGCAGGCCCUCCUGGGGCCCUGAUCACGGGCAGCGGGGCCACACUCACAGGCAGCUCGGCGACCCUCGGCAAGCUGCCCAAGACCGCGGCACUCGGGAAGGGCGGCCCAGCCGGCGCGGUGAACGGCGCCCGUAAGACGAGCCUGGACGAGGCCCAGCCGCAGGACGACGGGGCGCUGCUGAGCAUGGCCGCAUCUCGGACGCCGCUGCAAUACCGCUCGCUGCCCCGGCCUGCCAAGUCGUCGGCCAGCGGCAUCGUGGGCCGCCCCGGCCACCGCUCCAGCUCCAGCAGCAUGGACUCCAACGUCAGCGGAAAGUCGGCGCCCGCCUCCAAGCGUCGUGACGGCAGCAAGGCGGAAUCGGACCGCUCUAGCCCCGUCACCGUCAACCAGACAGACAAGGAGAAGGUGGCGGUGUCCGACUCGGAGGGCCCAGGCCUGACACCCAAAUCUAGCCCCACCUCCACGGGCCAGUCCGGCCUGCGGCUGCCCGGCCCCAAAUACCCCGACAUCGCCUCUCCCACCUUCCGCAGGUUGUUCGGCUCCAGUAAAAGCAGCAGCAAGGCCAGCUCUCCCGGGACCCCCGAUUCGGGCAAGGCCCCCUCGGCCCUGGGCAGCCCCCAUGGGCCCCUGGCGCGGCAGGUCAGCCUGGACUCACCGUCCUCGGGCACGGGCAGCAUGGGCGGUGGGCAGAGCGGCGGCAGCAGUCCCAUGUACGCUCGGGGCCCCGAACUGACGGGCACCGGCUACGCUCCGUCCCCGAGCUCCUCUCAGGCCCGUCUCCCAGGAAACGCUCCGGGCGGACAGGGCACCGCCGGCCUGCACACCACCCCCGAGUCCAUGGACCUGGCUCUCAGCCACCACAGCUCGCUUGCCGGACUUGCAUCGGGGCCCAAGGUGACACGCACAGGGAGUGUGAAGUCCACUCUGUCAGAGGGCAUGCCUCUCGACAGAAACACACUGCCCAAAAAGGGACUCAGGUACCCUCCCACAUCCCGGCAGACGUCCCAAGAGGAAGGGAAGGAGUGGCUGCGAUCGCACUCCACAGGGGGCCUGCAGGACACUGGAAGCCAAUCUCCGCUGUCGCCGCCUGGGACGUCAGCCGCAGCCAGCAAAUACCACUACUCCAACCUGUUGAGCCCCACCAACCCAUCCCAGUUUGCCCUGCCCGGUAGCAGCAUGAGCCGAUCCAAUAGCAUCCCGGCCCAGGACCUGGCCUUCGACCUGCGGGCGGAGGCACACGCGCUGGGCGGCAGUGCCACCUCCCUGGAGGAGAGGCCGCGAGGCAUAAGCCGCUCGGGUUCCUUCCGGGACAGCACCGAGGAAGUGCACGGCUCCUCGCUGUCGCUGGUCUCCAGCACCUCCUCACUGUACUCUGCGACAGAAGAAAAGGCCCAUUCUGAGCAAAUCCGCAAGCUACGGCGUGAACUGGACGCCUCGCACGAGAAGGUGGCCAAGUUGACCUCCCAGCUGUCCUCCAACGCUCACCUGGUGGCCGCCUUCGAGAAGAGCCUGGCAAACAUGACGUGUCGCCUGCAGAGUCUGACCAUGACGGCCGAGCAGAAGGAGUCGGAGCUGGCCGAGCUGAGGGAGACCAUCGAGGCCCUGAAGGCCCAGAACACGGACGCGCAGACGGCCAUCCAGGUGGCCCUCAACGGCCCAGACCACGCCCAGAAAGACCUGCGUAUCCGCCGGCAACACUCGUCCGACAGCAUGUCCAGCAUCAACAGUGGUGCCAGUCACUCCAGUGUGGGCAGUGCCGCCGACGUGGAUGCCAAGAAGAAAAAGAAGAAGAACUGGCUCCGCAGCUCCUUCAAACAGGCCUUCGGCGGCAAGAAGAAGUCGGCCAAACCGCAAUCGUCUCACUCGGACAUCGAGGAGCAAACAGACUCCUCGCAGCCAUCGUCACCUAAGCUCCAGCACACUGCCAGGCAGGGCAGCACGUCCAACCUGAGAGCCUCGCCCUCCAACUCAGACAAGUGUUUUUGCGAUAGCAAGUCUUCUCCCAUUUGGAUGCCAAAGAGGAGGCAAAAUGGUCACGUGAUCUACAAGCACAGAUCUCGACUAUGUGAGUGCACGGAGGCAGAGGCCGAGAUCAUCCUGCAGCUGAAGAACGAGCUGCGGGAGAAGGAGCUCAAACUGACCGACAUCCGGCUGGAGGCCCUGAGCUCCGCCCACCACCUGGACCAGAUCCGCGAGGCCAUGAACCGCAUGCAGAACGAGAUCGAGACGCUGAAGGCUGAGAAUGACCGGCUGAAGUCCACCGGGGGGAGCACACCCACAGCCAUGCCGGCCAAGGCCGCCCGCCCCCCGUCGGAGACCUCCAGCACCUCCUCGACCUCCUCGCGCCAGUCCCUGGGCAUGUCGCUGAACAACCUCAACAUCAGCGACACCAUUGUGUCAGAUAUCCUACUGGAUGAUGGGAGCGAGGGCAACCUACGCAAGGAGGGCCGCAGCGUGCGCAUCGUGGUCGCCAUCACCAGCAGCUCCAGGAGGACGAAGGGUGCAAAACGGCUGGAGUAUCUUAUGGGCUCCAUCGGCGUGAGCGGGAAAACCAAAUGGGACGUUCUGGAUGGAGUAAUAAGGCGCCUGUUCAAAGAGUACGUGUUCCGCGUGGACCCCCUGAGCAGCCUGGGUCUGACCUCGGACAGCAUCGUGGGCUACCGGCUGGGCGACGUGGUGCGCGCCCACGGUUCGGAGGUGCCAGAGCUGCUGCCGUGUGGCUACCUGGUGGGCGACAGCAACGUCAUCACCGUCAGCCUCAAAGGUGUGAGAGAGAACAGCAUCGACAGCCUGGUGUUCGACACGCUCAUCCCCAAGACCAUCAUGCAGCGGUACCUGAACCUCUUGGUGGAGCACCGGCGCAUCAUCCUGUCCGGGCCCAGCGGCACCGGCAAGUCCUACCUGGCCUGCAAGCUGGCGGAGUUCCUCAUCACCAAGUCGGGCCACCAGGUCACUGAGCGCAACGUGGUCAGCUUUAACGUGGACCACAAGUCCAGCAAGGACCUGCGACAGUACCUGUCCACCCUAGCGGAGCAGUGCAACUCGGAACACAGCGAGUCAGAGCUCCCUCAGGUGGUGAUCCUGGACAACCUACACCACGUGGGCUCCCUCAGCGACAUCUUCAAUGGCUUCCUCAACUGCAAGUACCACCGAUGCCCCUAUGUCAUAGGCACUAUGAACCAAGGUGUGUCGUCCCCACCCAACCUGGAACUCCACCACAAUUUCAGGUGGGUGCUCUGCGCCAACCACACGGAGCCGGUUAAGGGCUUCCUGGGGCGCUUCCUGCGACGGAAGCUCAUCGAGAGCGGGCGCAGCAACGACCUCAGCAAGGUCAUCGACUGGAUCCCGAAAGCCUGGCAGCACCUCAACGGCUUCCUGGAAGCACACAGCUCAUCUGACGUCACCAUUGGUCCCCGGCUCUUCCUGUCCUGCCCCAUGGACGUUGAUGGCUCACGCGUGUGGUUCACCGACCUGUGGAACUACUCACUGGUGCCCUAUUUGCUGGAGGCUGUGAGGGAGGGGCUGCAGCUGUAUGGUAAGAGAGCCGUGUGGGAGGACCCUUCCAGGUGGGUGAUGGACACGUACCCCUGGAGCCCCGCCUCCCUGCAGCAUGAUGGACAGGCCCUCCUCCAACUGCGGCCAGAGGACGUGGGAUACGACGGGUUCAGCUCUGCCAAAGAGGGCGCCACUUGCAAGCAGAUGUCACAGAGUGACACAGAGGGGGAUCCGCUGAUGAACAUGCUGAUGAAGCUACAGGAAGCCGCCAACUACUCAAGUGCCCAGAGCUGCGAGGGCGACAGCCACCACGACGAGCUGCUGGACUCCUCGCUGGAGUCGACGCUUUGAGGGCGGCCUUGUUAAACCCUGCGGGUUCUCACAGGGAGGCAGGUUCCGCGUGAUGUCACUUCCUGUGACGGGGAGUUACUUCCGACUCACGCGGGUGGGGGGGGGGGCAACGUGAAGUUGUCCGAUUCUCAACUGGAAGCGGGACCCUUUAUUAGUCGCCAAAAUUCAAGCUGCACAUUAGAGGAAGCAGACGGAUUACAGAUUUAAUGCGUGUGUAUAUAUAGAUGUACUAUAAAGAAAGUGGAAUCUCAGAUGAGUUUUAUUUUGUAUUAAGUUUGUAUUAACUUCAGAUGUUUACAGGGCGAAUUUUCGUUUUGUUUACUGAGGUGCUACAGAGGCGUCGAGCGCCCUCUCUGGCCCCACCCUGACCUCAGUCGAACCGCGCGGCUGAAGCAGGGCCCCGUGGCGCUCGCCGGGGGCCCCUAGUGGCCCGGUCACCAACAAGCACAAAGAGCAUAGUUGUGCUACAUCCAAAACAACCACUACUGUGAAACAGUGGAUGAAGUGCCAAUCGCGUGGUCAAGGGCACCCAGCGACACACGCUCCCCGUGUCGUUUACGCAGAUUCACUGUUACCUUUGUUCCACUUUGUUUUUUUCAUUUUUUUUUUUCCCUUAAGCUCGCCUUUCGCUCACCCCCUCUCCUUACUGGUUAACAGCAUUAUUACUGGUGGCUGCUAAUACUCUCAGACAGGGUCUGCUCAGACCUCGUCCUUUACAGCCUGACCGAGAAGGGAACCACUUUGACAAUGGUGCUUUUCGACUGCCUUAAAAACCUACAAAAUUCCCGCAGUGUCCAGUUUGAAAUCGACAAAAAAACGCAGAGACCCAGAAUGCAAAGCGCUCCGAAAAUCCGCCGCAUCAAUAUGCCUUUAAAGCGGCAUCCGUAUCCUCUAAGCACAUAUUGUCGUAGGCGGUGGUAAACGGUGGAGGGUUUUCAGAAAUCCUUUCAGUCUUGUCUUACUUUUACUCUUUUACAGUACUUCUAGGAGCAAAAAUGGAGAAACAAAGGAGUGGAGGGGAUUGUUUGUAUGUUGUCUUUUUAACCCAGUUGAGCUGGGGAUUCACUUGAACGGUCACGAGCACAACCCAUUAGUCAUGGAGCUCCUGCGCAUGCAUCGUCUCUUUCGUGUACACAGAGUUUACUUUUGAUUUGUUUUGUAUGAAUAUGUUUCUGUCGGUUCACCCUGACAAACCGAACGAGGUAGACGAGGAAUGGAUAGGUGAGUGGGUAGUUAGGAUAUGGACAAUUUCAGUUCUUUUCUUGGUUUUGCACACUUUUCUAACGGGGGGGGUGGGGGGUAGACUGUAAAUACGAGGUCUCGCACAUUAACUCAGACGCAUCCUGCCCUGUUGACAUUGACAUAAACGCUUAACUUGCUGAGGAUUCUUGUAACUUGCAGAUGAGAAAAAGCAAACAAACAAAUGCAAACCAAACUUUAGCAGGUGUGCGUCGUCCCGUAAUGAUCCGUCGUUUUUGCCUAUGCAGGAGCUAAACCGUAUAUAGAAGCAUGUACCACUGUUUGACUUAAAAAAAAAACAAAAAGUAGUUCACCAAAAGUGUAACGCAAACCAUGGUUCAGGGCAGUGAAGUAAGGCAUUGUGCAUCUGUCCUGACAUACUCAACCAGUCCAUGGACAGAGCCAGACUGGAGCUUAUAUGCUGUUAAAUUAUCUUGGUCGGAUUCUCCAUCAGAUUCGAUUCGUUCUUAUGCCUUAGCGUAAUUCCCAACCCAAGUUUUAAUACGAGCGUACUGGCAGCAGCAAUUAUAGGACUUUUUAAGGUGGGGGAGCAUGAGAUAAUUCAUACAUAAUUCACACAGAGGGGCUAACCUUAUCAAUAGCCAAAGAUAUGUUUUGAAUCGGUGAGUAACAGGGAAGGGGGCCCUCCGGGGGCCAAUCAGCUUUCAUCAGAGGCCAGUACCUCUGUGACCCCACCCCUGCAUACCAAGUCAUCCAGGACAACUAUCGCUUCCCAGUCUCUGUUUUUCGGGCUGUGCAGUUUGACCUGGAUUGUGGGAGGAGAGCUCCGGGUGCCGCUGGCCCGCCGUGGUUCAUUCCGAAAAGCAGGAUUUAAUGCUAACAUGCAGCUGGUGCUAUCAGCUAAUUCAGCCCAUUGUGGUGUUUCAGUAUCUGCAGUUUACAGCUUUGCAAAAAAAAAUAAAAUAAUAAUAAUACUUAAGAUGUGCUAUCAACAGUGUCAAACUCAGGACAGUCCUGCCUUCUGUGCUAAACUCACAGGCCAGCCUUCUGCUCUUCUCCCCAAACUAUGGGACAGACAUCACAUCCAGAUCAGGGCCCAUGUUGGUGCAUGAGGGCAGCUGAUCCCAGAUCAGAGAGCCCCACGGCCCCAUCCCACUCUGCCAGACUGGUUUUUUGGGACAGAUGUAUCACGUGCCCUGCUGGCCACCCUGACCAUACAUCCGUAUCACGCUGUUAUGAGACCAGUCAGACAGCCAAACCUGUGUCGGUCACUGGAGCUCUACCAACCAAGUCGUCUCCAACUUCUUUGCAAUGACAUCUCAGUGAGUGCUUAGCCUUUGCUACUCUGCCGUUUAUUUCCCUUUUUCUGUGAAACAUUUGUCUUCAAAUGUUUUAUAUUUUGUACAUUUGUAUGUAGCAUAUCAUGUAAAUAGACAGAGGCAGCAAUUUAAAUCAUCUUGAGAAUUUUGUAGUCUUUGUAAAGCCCUAAUAAAUAUAGUAUUUGGUGUCACCAGAGGGAAA